UCGCGGGACACGACACGCACUACUCUAUCGGCGCGUGCGCAAUUAAACAUCGAAUAAUAUUACGAUCGAGUUUUGGAACUGUGACAUAAGUGUUGUGUUUGACGGCUGCGUAACUUCAGGUUGUAUUAAGAAAUCACGAUAGCAAUAAUUAGGCUUUCAACAUGCAAAGGCAAUCGUGCGUCGAAUAUCGUCACUCAGUGCAUGAACUGGUUUUUGUUUUAUAUUUACACAGUCGCGGAUGCCGGGCCCAGUGAAAUUCAUUUUCUUUAAAUUUAGCAGCAAAAGUGUGUCAUACCCGACAAAAUAUGAGGACAAAAGUGAUCUUUAGUUGUUUGUGGUGAUGUUAAAUAGCAAUGCCGGACUGGCGAUACAACGUACUGUCGACGAGCGAGGCUUUCAUCAACGCCGAGGAAGGGCCGGCCCGCGACCCUUUCGCAGCCAGCUAUCCUCGCAGAUCAGACAGAACUCGUCCUGCACACACUUGUCCAUACACCACAAUAUUCCACGGAGCACAGUCUCAUAUACCGUACCGCUUGCCAUCCAUACAAAGCGAAUCUGCAGAUCCAUACGCUGAUUCCUAUUCAGUAGACCGAUCUUCAAAUCUAACAGACACCUCGAGUUUUGCCCGCUAUGAAGACUGUCGUUCUCCAACGGGCAGUAUUGAUCGAAAAGAGCUUGCAAGUUCAAAAGUGGAUGAAAGCGUAGAGUUGCAAAUCCAAAAAGUGCCAUAUUCAUCAAACGUGUUCUAUGUAUCUGGGAAAAAUGAGACAAUUGAACCGGAUGUACAGGGAACUAACUUGUUUGUGGUGGAAGAGUUUGAGUCUGAUGCGUUGUCUUCGUGUACCUGUGAUAGUUUUGAGCGGUGCGAGUUUGACUGCAGGGAAUUUGAGCCGUUUUCGGACACCUGUUGCUGUGACCCUCUCAGCGAUGGAGUUUGUAGUCGCAGUCCUAAAGAUGUGGACUCACCAGAACACUAUGAUAGAACUGUCGAAGAAGACCGUGUUUCAGUGCGAAGCGAUAUGGAAGGACUGGACUUGACGUUGUUUGAACCAGCUAAAACUCAGACGAAGCAAGCGGAGGAUCAUUUAGCCGCAGAAAAUACAGUGACCGUGGCAGAUAGACUAUGUGGGAUUCUGUAUGCACUUCCCGAAUUAAAUAAUGAUGCUGCUACAAUUGCAAGUAGCGGCUCCGCAGGGGGUAUUCCUCCGUCCUGGGAGCCUUUCUACUGCGUGCUGCAGCAGGACAGGAGAAUACUGACCGCCUAUACGAGCGAAGAAUUAGCUGCACCAACUAGUAACACUGAAUAUUCGACCAGAAGUCUACCCCGAGUAAGGAUUGACAGCGGAACUCAAUCAGUGAACGGAGGAGUAAGACUUCGCUGUUGGGCAGCACCUCCCUCUAUCACCGAAGAAGAAAUAGAAGAUGAAAUUGAUGACGAUGCUGUAUCUCUGCGGGCGCUACCACUUAACGAUACAUCAUACGAGAAGGCAUGCCGUCGGGGUUCAGCACCAAGCACACCGAUUCCGGGUGCGCAAGCGCAGAACAGUCCGUCGCGGCUUGCCUCGUUCUUCUUCUCCAAGAGAUCCUUCAGGAAUCAUAACUUGAAGCGGACAAAGUCGGCCAACAAAUUGGAACCAAAAAAGAUUCUAGCGACCGUGCCGACGCACCCAGCGACACAUACUCUAAGGACAUCAAGAUCUCAUGAAAGCUUACUAUCAGCUCAUUCUCCAGCCGUAUCUACCAUGGACCUAGGACCACCAAAUCAGGUGGAUAUUCGUGCCUUACACUCGUCGGUGUUGGGAAGGCCCCACUGCUUCGCUUUGAGCGCAGAGAAUCGUGCGCCGCGGUACUUCGCGUGCGCUUCAAGGAAAGAGAGAGAUAGAUGGAUAUAUAGUUUACGACAAGCAGCGCGCCCUGACGAGAUCCGGACACGGCGAUGCGAGCGAACCGUCAAACUGUGGUUACUGGAGGCGAAAGCAAUUCCGCCAAAAAAGCGAUACUACUGCGAGAUAUUGCUUGACGAUACUUUGUACGCGAGGUCUUCAUCAAAACUGAAGACGGAGCUGUGCUUCUGGGGCGAGGUGUAUGAGUUCAGCAACCUGGAAGCGGUGCGAGCGAUCCAUGUGAACGUGUACCGCGAGCCCGAGCGACGCGCACGCAAGCGAGACAAGCACGCACUUGUUGGCACAGUUCGUAUCCCGGUGGACGACGUGUCGUCUCGCUACCUCAACGAGCGCUGGUACCCGCUGAGCGAGGGAGACAAGCCGCAGUCCCCUCCCCGCGCGCCCGCGCCUGCCGCUGCUCCCGCUCUGCGCAUCAAGUGCCGCUACCAGUGCGUCGACGUCCUGCCGCUCGACAAUUAUGCGCGCUUCCUCGACUACCUCAAGAAGAACUACCGCCGCCUCUGCGAGUAUCUGGAGCCUGUAAUUGGCGUAAAAGCUAAAGAAGAUAUAGGAUGUGCAUUAGUGCUUUGUAUGGCUGGCGCUGGAUUGGCCCCGAGAUACCUGGCUGAUGUCGUCGCAUUAGACGUGCGAAGAACUGGUGACCAUUCGCUCACAUUCCGAGGAAACUCACUCGCCACCAAGAGCAUGGAAGCAUAUUUAAAACUCGUUGGUGAUCAGUACUUACAGGACACUCUAGGCGAGGCGGUGUGCGCGGCCGCCGGCCCCAGUGCGACGGAGUGCGAGGUAGACCCGCUGCGCGCGGGCAGUAGCGCCGCCCUGCGCCGCCAGCAGGCCGCUCUCCGCGACGCCGUGACCGCCGCGACGCGAUAA